AUGAAGAAGAUAUCUUUCUCCGUCCCCUCCGCAAAUCCCCAAUCAAAGCCCAAAUCCAUCGCCACCCAAAACGACGUCGACUCGACCAAAUACUCCAUCACCGAAUUCGACCCUUCGAAGCCUGCAACCCCUUCCGCCCCCAAAGUCACAAUCCCCCCUCUCCAAAACCACUGGAAACCCUCCAACAACAGUUCCAGACUCUACCGCCGCACUCCGGCAGAAACCCAGCUCCUGCACAAGUUGAAGCUGCAGGACGACCUUCAAAGGCUGCCGGAGGGUCGGGGCUUUGAGGACUUCGAGGAUGUCCCCGUCGAGGGUUUCGGCGCAGCGGUGCUUUCCGGGUAUGGUUGGACGGAAGGCAUGGGGAUCGGAAAGAACGCGAAGGAGGACGUGAAGGUGGCGCAGUUCAAGGGGAGAACCUCCAGGGGAGGAUUAGGGUUUGUUGCAAGCAGCAACAACAGCGACAAUUUCGAUCGGUGCAGCCGUGAUUUAUGUCAUUUGCAGUUAUAG